GUUUCGCGAGUUCCUCGGGGAAGGAAUGCGCGAGAUUGGCCCGUCCAGCGGCGUCGUCGGUCGGUAGAUAGCCGGCGCGCGAAGAUGCCCGCGCGGACGAAGAACACGGCGCAGAUCUAAAGGACGCGGUCCACUCCCCGCCCGCGAAUCGGCCGGGUUAUGUUUAUCGUGUCGACACCGCAUAGGUUAGCAGGAUGAAGAACCUGGUCAGUGUCUUGAAGAUACUCUUCCUGAAUCACGCGCGCGGGCUGUCCUACACCGUGACGAUGACGCUCCUGCUGUGCUACUGUCUGCACCCGGCGCGGUUCGCCUCCCACUACACCUUCAUCAAGACUGAGAACAUCUACGACGAGAUGGAGAAGUCGUACCCGCCGCGCGACAACUCCUGCGUCAUCACCGUCGGCGGCAGACGGUCCUCCCAGCUGCUGUACCCGGAGGAGCAUCCCCGGGAGGACCCAGUGGCGAUGGCACGCCGCCUUGGAAUCCUGCCAGGCGGCCAGUGGAAGCCCCUCAAUUGCCAUCCCCUCUUCAACGUGGCUAUCAUACUGCCGUACCGUAACCGGCAGAGCCAGCUCGCCGUCUUCAUGAAUUACAUACACCCGUUCCUGCAGUCGCAGAACCUGGACUACCGGAUAUUCGUGAUCGAGCAGAGCCCGAUGCGCGAGUUCAAUCGCGCCAAGCUCUUCAACGUCGGCUACGCCGAGGCCACCAAGAUCAACGAUUUCCACUGCUUCAUUUUCCAGGACAUAGACCUGAUACCGCAGAACCCCGACAAUAUCUACGCGUGCACGAAAAUGCCCAGACACAUGAGCUCCAGUGUAAAUACCUUUCGAUACAAUCUGCCCUACACCGGCCUGUUUGGCGGCGCGAUAGCGCUGACGAGGAAGCAGUUUGAAAGGGUAAAUGGAUUCUCCAAUGUCUUCUACGGCUGGGGCGGAGAAGACGACGACUUCUACAGUCGUUUGCAGUCCAGGGGUUUUCAGAUCACCCGCUUCGGACCUAACGUGGCGCAGUACUAUAUGCUGACGCAUAAGAAGGAGCCUCCCAGUACCACGAGAUUCGCAAAUCUGGAGAGCGGUGCCCGUAGAUACGACACUGACGGUCUUAGCAAUCUAGAAUACAGAGUAUUAAAUCAUCAGUUGCGACCAUUAUACUCUUGGAUUUUAGCUGAUGUAUAAUUUAGAAUCUUUUCAUCGAACAAUUAGCACUUACUGUUUUUUACACUGACGCUAAUUUAUUGUAGCACAUUGUAUAUUUUCUAGAAAAAUUGAAAAGUUUUGUCUUACUCAUGAAGUACAUUAGAAAUUCAACGAACAAAUAUAAUUGUUUUAGCAUGCUGUGAUAGAGCACUAUAAAUCUUGCAAGGAUAUUUUUUUAACGAAACGGAAUACUCCAUUUCUGUAUGUUAAGAGUGUGAACAAUUAGGCUUGCAAUAAGUAUCUCCUAGUAUGUGAAUUUAACAGUGUUUUCUCGAUAGUAUCCUCGACGACGGUGUGACGCCAGUAAUAAUCUAUUAACAGAUUGUACAAAGAUAUAAACAAUAAUACGUAACAACAUAUAUUAUUGAUAAGAGUUAAAGACUGUAAUCAUCAGAUUUACUGACUUUAUUUUACCUCGUCAAAAUAAAAAAAAGGGCAACGCCAUUACACACACAUAAUAUCCAACUAUACUGUCAAGUUUAAUUUUAUAUUUUUGUGAUAUUUACUAUGUAAAUGAUUGCAGCUAUUUAAUGGUACAAAUCUAUUUCACGUACAUGGAAAGUAUAUUAAUGUAUAAUUUGGUUAAUGACACUUACCUCGUAUCCAAAGAGAUUCUGGUCCUUUUAUGUUAUAAGUUAUGAUACAGCGCAGUGUUCUUCUCUCGUACUCGUACUGAUUGUUCCUAGGUACUUUAGAUGUGAAAUGUUUUGUUACAAAAUAAGAUUUGAUGUGGUACUACAUAAAUAUUAAAAUGUGACUGAAUCAAUAAGAUUCUGUAAUAUUGCUCAGUCUAAUGCUUGAUACUAACUUAUUACAUAUCUGAUUUCUUAUAAAUUAUGAAUAAAUAUUGUGUACAAGUAUACAAAUAUUUUGUCUCUUUGUAUCUCUGAAUAUGACGAAAAAUGCUAGUGACAGAACAAUAUUAAUAAUUUAAGUAUGUUAUUAUAAUGAUGAAGCAUUGUAAAAUAAUAAAACUAAGUUUUUAAGUAAA